UUAUUGGUAAUGGAGUAACUGACAUCAAAACUUCAAAGACAAUGUAUCCUAACGGGUUUGAUGUAUCAGUUGCACCAGAAGGUUUAAAAAUUGAACUAUUGGCACCAAGGUAUACUGACAUAAGAGUCACUGUGCCAGAUGAAUUGCAUUUAGAAACAGUAAAUAUUAGAAUUACAAAAAAUCCAAUAAGAGAUUAUUCAUUAGAUUCCCCAGCACCGUCGUCAACAGAUGGAUCAGAGGAUAAUAAUAUGUUAUCUAUGCGUGAAAUAGACACUUCGGAUUCAGCAGAUUCUAAUAAAGAUUCUGAAAUCUAUGAGAAAGAUAACUUCCAACUAAAACAUUUGAAAGCUGUGGUCACUGACCCAAAGGUUACUAUUACAGAUCGAAUAUCUCAACCGUCAGAAGAAAGUCCUAAACUAGGACCUCAAAGAUUGAUUGAAGAACGAAGUAUUUUUGUGAAUAAGUUAGCAAUGACAAUCGAUUCGCAAGGAUCAUCCAGACAAUUACCUUCUUAUCCAUCUAAUAAUAUUACAUAUUCUAUAUCUCAAACUGUGUCAACAGCCCCACCAUUUUAUAUUCUACCAAAAUUCUCAGAUCUCCUAAACGUUUAUGACGCUUAUUCUGAGUGGUAUCACGGUCAUGAUGGAA